AUGCAGGUUGCAGCGGCACGAUUGCUGCAGCUGCAGCGAGGCUCACGACCCUUCCUGCAUCUAGCCCAGGGUCAUAGAGCAGCCUCUUCGCUGUGCCCCACUUCGAUUCCUCGACAGUUCGUUCGUGAGCCCGGGCAGUCACUCAGGAUCCCAGACUUUGCCUCUCACGGGGCAGAAGCAACUGCAACGGAAGCGACAGUAGCAGGCCCAACUACUGUCUUUAAGCAUGCGCUUACGCUCCAGCAGCAAGUUCUACAGCUGCCGAAGGACAGAAGACAGUUCGCUUCCCGCACUUUCGGAUUCUUUCAUGGAGAUAGGCAGGAUGCUCUUGGAAGAACCGCCUGUAACGAGAGCAACUGCAACAGCAGAAGCAGGGACCUGCUAGGUUCCCCGAACAUGUCUUUUUUAGCUAAAAAUGGACUCCUGCGGGAUGCCGCGUGUCAACGCGGACUGCUGCAGAAGCAAGAACUGCAGGAGCUCCUGUCACUGUUGCACAAGACAGCGGAAGGGGUACUGCAGUCGGCAGCGGCAGUGCCUGUCGCUCUGAUGGACAAUAUGUUGCCACCGCUACUGCGGCAGUUGCAUCGAGUAGCAGCAGCAGUACAUGAGGAGCAGCCAACGUCGGGGACGUUGUUGCAGCAUCUUUUGAAAGACCUGACUAUCCUCAGCAGUCGAAACAACAGAACUGGACAGAGCGAACUUGACAAAUACAGCUGCAACGGAACCGGUGGCCGACAGCCUGAAGAACAUGCAAAGGGAGAAACUGGCAGCAGCACAAGGAAAGACACGGAUACUAGGAGCAGCAGCAGCAGUGGCAGUAAUAGUGGUAGCGGUGGUGGAGGGGAUAGCAAUAAGGGCAGCCGGGGACCUGGCCCGCAGGCAGGUGCAGGGAACGGCAUGAGGCGAACGCCUUUCGGAUUUGAAGCGUUUUAUCCAAAGGACGCGUCGAAGCAACAGGAGAGUAGCAGCACUAGCAACACCAGCGGCAGCAGAAGUGGACGGCUGCCGCUGAUCCCUCCGGCUGGGGGGGCCCUUCAGCAUCUGCUGUUGCGCUUGUGCGUUUGGCUGGGCUUCUGGUUGUUUGCCUUGUCGCUUUUGUCGAGAGUCGUCGAGCCGCAGCUUUCACUACAGGAGUUUCUCAGCUCGUAUGUUGCCCGUGGCUUGGUUGAGAAAGUCGUUGUAGUUGGGGAUAGGGGCCGCUGCACAGCUGUUGUCAGGGCACCCCCGACGCCAGAGCAGCUGCAUUUGAUGCAACAGCAGCAGCAGCAAUUGAUGCUGUACAUGCAGCAGCAGCAAAUGCAGCACCAGAUGCAGCAGUACCAGCAGCAGCAGCCGUACGAGGGGCAGCAGCAGUCUCACCACCAGCAACAGUACUCGUUGCAGCAGCCGCAGCCGACACUCCAGCAACAGCAGCAGCCCAAGUUGGCGGACGUGUUGUCAAGAAAGCAGAUUGUCAGGUUUAGGACGGGACUAACUCCGGAAAGUUUUAUCGAGAAAAUGGAGCAUUUUCAAGCUUCUCUGGGCAUACAUCCAAAAGAUUUUCUGCCCAUAUACGUCGAAGAGGGCUGGAAUUUGAGUUUGGGAGAUCUCGUUGCCUCCGCCUUUUUUUUCUUAAUAAUGGCCACAAUAGCCAGGGACUUCCUUAUGGGAGGCGCGGUUAACCGGGGCGGCAGUGCAAGCGGCCUAAAUCGUUUACUGGGCAACAGCAGCUCCAAGAGAGCACGUAUCAAGCCGGACACUGUAAAGGUGCGCUUCGCCGACGUCGCGGGCUUGCAUGAGGCCAAAAGAGAAAUUAUGGAGUUUGUUUCGUUCCUCAAAAAUCCAGCAGCGUUUCAGAAGAUGGGAGCGAAAUUGCCUAAGGGCGCACUUCUUGUGGGGCCUCCGGGCACCGGUAAAACCCUGCUCGCUAAGGCUGUGGCGGGAGAGGCUGGAGUUCCAUUUUUUUCAAUCAGUGGCUCGGAUUUCGUCGAGCUUUUCGUGGGUGUCGGGGCUUCGAGAGUGAGAGAGCUCUUUGAUGAAGCGAGGAAGGCGGCGCCGUCCAUCAUUUGGAUAGACGAGAUAGAUAGCGUGGGUGCGAGUCGCAGCACUCAGUUUGCGAACAGCGAGAGAGAGCAAACGCUCAAUCAACUUCUUGUUGAGAUGGAUGGAUUCUCACCGCAUCAGUCGGUGGUAGUAUUAGCUGGAACCAAUAGGGAAGACCUCCUGGAUGCCGCACUGAAGCGAGCUGGAAGGUUUGACCGUCGGGUGGUUAUCAGCAGACCGGACGUUAAGGAGAGAGCGGAAAUAUUCAAGGUCCAUUUGCAACCGUUAAAGCUGUCUCCUCGAGUCGAUGCAACAGCUCUUGCUGAACGGAUGGCUGCUCUUACUCCAGGCAUGGUCGGCGCAGACAUUGCCAACAUCUGCAAUGAAGCGGCAAUUUACGCUGCAAGGAGGCGAACCAAGCGAGGGAUUGAGCAGCGGGACUUUGAGAUGGCUGUCGAGCGAAUUAUUGCUGGUCUCCCCUCCAACACGAAGAACCUAAUGUCUGAAAAGCAGAGGAGGACGAUCGCUCUGCAUGAAGCUGGGCAUGCGGUCGCGGGAUGGUUUCUCAAGCAUGCAGACGUGGUGCUGAAGCUGACCAUCAUUCCCAGGGACAGCGGGGCAAUGGGAUUCAGUCAACAGAUGCCACCUCCGGUGGAGCUUUACGAGAAAGACGCUCUUUUAGACAGAAUUGCCGUUUGUCUGGCGGGAAGAGCUGCAGAGGAGCUCUUCAUGGGCUGUGUAUCCAGUGGCGCUGUAGACGACAUAGAAAAGGCCACCCAUCUGGCCCGCCUGAUAAUAAUGCAGCUGGGGAUGAAUCCGAAGAUUGGCUUAGUUAACUUAAAGAGGACUCGACCCAGCCCGCAAGAUCCCUACCAGCUUUAUUCUGACGCCACAGCUGAACUUGUGGAUGAAGAAGUUCGAAAUUUGAUUAGCGGCCAAUACGAACGAGUAAAGGCUUUGCUUAUGGAAAGGGAGAAGGAGAUGCAUGCCUUGAGUGACUUACUUCUAGAGAAGGAGACGCUAACGUUUGCGGAUCUUCAAGACUGCUUAGGCAGGAGACCCUAUCCUCCUGAUGCUCAGCUGGCUGCCUAUAUAGAUGCUUUGCCAACAAAGGAUAGUUCGUCUGAAGGGCAGAGGCCAGCUGCGAAGAAGACUCCAGGGAGCUGUGAGUCUGAUGUCGGACCAAACGACGGGACUGUGGAUGCAUCUGAUGGAGAUACUAGCACCAACAUAACCAGCACAAGGGGCGGGCACAGUCAGCAGCAACGUCAGCACCACCAAGGGUACAGUAGUAACCGUGACACAGAGGCGUCAAAAGAAGGCGGUAAGGAAGAGGCGCAAAAAACAAAAGACAAGAAAAACAAAGCUGCGCACAGUGAUCGGGAUGAUGAUGAUGACGAUGAUGAUGAUAAUAAUGGUGGCGGUGGCGACGAUGACAGAAAUGGAAGUGACACUAAACGAGGACCGACGAGAAGAAAGUUGUUUGGGGGAGACGAUGAUUCAUGCCUGCCAGAACUUUUGAGGAAAAACCUCAAACCAAAUACUCCAACACCGUCAGCCGCGGCCAAAAAGACGGAGUUAGGGCACACACAAUGA